CCGAGUAGUGAAUCAGGGCCCCUCGAUAGAAGUUAACCUGUUCGGUCUACGUGUUGAGGCCCGAAAUUGUUGUUGAUUGUGCACCAUCACCAUGGUGGACCUCAGGCCUGGAACUAGUACCACCCCCUACAGCAAGGAGCAAGAGGAGAGAGCUGCCGCUAUCCUGCAGAGGAAGGAGAGAAUGGAGAAAAGGGAACUGAUUAAGCAGACCAAGAUGCUGGCCCUGCUGGAGGAGCAAGAGGCAAAGAAGAAUCAGAUGGAGGAGGAGCUGAAGAAGGAGCAGGAGGAGAAGAUGGCGGCUAUACAAGAGGAGGUGGAGAAAGAAGAAGAAGAAGAUGAAGAAGUAGAGGAAGAAGAGCCAUUGGAGAGAAGGAGAGGGGAAGCCAUCACAAGCAAAGAAAUCGAGAUUGCAAAGAUUGCACAGGAGUGGGCCGCACAUUUGGAGUUGGGGGAAGACAGGGAGGCCGAGAUGGCCAUACCCGAGGAAGAGAGAAGCAGCAAGGAGACAAAUUGAGACAGAAAGGGACCCGGUGAGGAGGAAGGCGAAGGAGGAAGAACAGCAAACGGCAUGGAGAUACCUGUUGUCCCAAGAGAGGGUAAGACGAUUGGAAGCGGUGGAAAGGGCAGAGAAGGACCUGAACGAGGCGGAAGCCAGGAUGGGGAAGAUUGGGGCUGAAACUGAGAUAGCCACCAAACUCGCUACCCUGACCCAAAGUGUAGAGUCGUUACUAUUUGCGCACCGCGAGCAAAGGCCGUACAUCCACACCUUAGAAGUAAAGAUAGAUGCAAUGC